UCUUCUUCUUCUUCUUCUUCUUCAACCUCAAUCUCAGUCCCAAAUAUCCAAUCCCCCUUCAGCAAUCUUUCCAACUCUGCUUUCUUGCUUUUCGAUCACUCUCUAGGAAGUGGUCCAUCAAUACCGCCAAAACGUUUUCCAAUCUUCUUCCCUCGUCGCACCACCCGUUCAACGGAAGCCGACGCUCGUCCGCUCGUGGAGGAGCAUCGGAUUUGCCUUUUGUUCGAUAAAUCGACAAAGCUCUUGACUGCCAUUUGAAGCUCGAGAUCUCUACUCUCUACUUCUACCUUCUUCACCUUUCAAUCACUUUUCAAUCAAACCCGCGCCAAUUUUUUUCGUGUUUGACAAGUCAAGAUGGCCCCUCACGCCGAAGAUAAAGCUAAGGUCUCCUUGAACGGGUCGGUGUCGACUUCUUCAACAACUCCUACUCUUUUCACUGUGGACUCCCCAAAUGUCGUCUACACUGAUGAGGAAAUCAAAUCGAGGUAUGUGUACCAUACUACUGCCGUCACUCGUGCCGCAGAUGGUAAGUAUGUUGCCGCUCCCAAGGAAUCUGCCUAUGACUUCAAGGUCAACCGUAAGGUCGGCAAAGUCGGCAUGAUGCUUGUCGGAUGGGGUGGGAAUAACGGUACCACCGUCACUGCCGGUAUCAUUGCCAAUCGUCGUGGCCUCGUCUGGGACACUCGCGAGGGCAAACGUGCCGCCAACUACUACGGCUCCGUCAUCAUGGCCUCCACCGUCAAGCUGGGUACUGACCCGGAAACCGCCCAGGAGGUCAAUGUUCCCUUCCACGACAUGUUGCCCAUGGUCCACCCCAAUGAUCUGGCCAUUGGAGGCUGGGAUAUCAGCGGUAUGAACCUUGCGGAUGCCAUGGACCGUGCCCAAGUACUGGAGCCGUCCCUGAAAGAAAUGGUCCGCAAGGAGAUGGCCGAAAUGAAGCCUCUCCCAAGUGUCUACUACCCAGAUUUCAUCGCCGCCAACCAGGAGGAACGUGCUGAUAACGUCAUCGAGGGUUCCAAGGCCUCGUGGGCUCAUGUUGAGAGGAUUCAACAGGAUAUCCGUGAAUUCAAGGCUGCCAACGGAUUGGACAAGGUUAUCAUCAUGUGGACCGCCAACACUGAGCGUUAUGCCGACGUCCUCGCAGGCGUGAAUGACACUUCCGACAAUCUCCUCAAGGCUAUCAAGGACGGCCAUGAGGAAGUUUCCCCGUCGACCGUUUUCGCGGUUGCGUCCAUCUUGGAAGAUGCGCCCUUCAUCAACGGCUCCCCUCAGAACACCUUUGUUCCAGGAGUUAUCAAACUUGCUGAGGAGCGUGGUGCCUUCAUCGGUGGAGAUGACUUCAAAUCCGGCCAGACCAAGAUGAAGUCCGCCCUCGUGGAUUUCUUGAUCAACGCUGGUAUCAAGCUCACUUCGAUUGCCUCCUACAACCACUUAGGCAACAAUGAUGGCAUGAACUUGAGCUCCCACAAGCAGUUCCGCUCCAAGGAGAUCUCCAAGUCCAAUGUCGUUGACGAUAUGGUUGCUGCCAACCAUAUCCUGUACAAGAAGGACGAGCACCCCGACCACACUGUCGUGAUCAAGUAUAUGCCGGCUGUCGGAGACAACAAGCGGGCUCUUGACGAGUACUACGCUGAGAUCUUCAUGGGCGGCCACCAGACCAUCAGCAUGUUCAACGUUUGCGAGGACUCCCUCCUCGCCUCCCCGCUGAUCAUUGACCUGGUCCUCAUUGCGGAGCUCAUGACUCGUGUUAGCUGGAAGCCCGCCUCUGGCGACAAGUACAAGGGUUUCCACAGCGUUCUCAGCCUCCUCAGCUAUAUGCUAAAGGCUCCCCUGACCCCACCAGGAACUCCCGUCGUGAACUCCUUGAGCAAGCAGCGCGCUGCUAUUACCAACGUCUUCCGCGCCUGCAUCGGCUUGCAGCCUGAGUCCGACAUGACUCUCGAGCACAAGCUCUUCUAGACUCGUUCACGUAUCUCUGCGCAUGAUCUCAUUUGACGCAGGGGAUAGGUUGUGCCUAUUAACGAUUAACGAGCCCAGGCCGCGGCGUGCCUUUUGUCGUUCCCUUCCUUUUAUCUGACCAGAUUGAACAAACCUUUCGCACUUUUGCUUUGCCCUUGUGACCACUUGUGGGGUCAACACACUCCUUUAGUUCAGCUAGCCUAGUGCCUUACCAAGUUGCAAUAAUUAAUUUAAGCAUAUGCCUAGGCAAUUUAUAUAUGCGAAGACAAUAGUUGAAGAUCCUGUCGUGUUAUUUUCAUUUCCAACUUGUAGCAGCGUACAUACAUCCGUAAGUGUUGGUGAAAAUAGUGGUGGUACGGUACCCAAGGCAGAAGGAAGGACUGCAGGAUAGUAGUUAAGUAAGUAACGUCUAAUCAUCUUCCCCAACAAUCUGGAUUGGAAUAAGCUACGCAUACAGUAAGUAACAAACUCCCUAGGACACCUACGUAGUAUGAUGGAUACAUUCGAAGAGAAACCACCUGCCAACAUGCUUUGUUUGGGCCCUCCCAAGAUCCUACCCGACCCGGCCAGUAAAAUACGUGGUUUUAUGCAACGAUAGAAAAUUGAUAGAACGGUGGUAUGAUUUUGAAUGAUGGCUGCCAUGAUAAGUUUAUCUAUGUAGUUCUGCUCUAUUUACGGGGCAACAUGGAAACCCAACGGAGUCAAUCGCAAGGAAUCGCAAGGGCACCAUAGGCACCAGACAUGUAGCAAUAGGCUCUGUUGAAAAGACAGGCAGAUACAUAUAUAUAUAUAUACAGUAGUAUAUCAAAUUUUCCUCCUCA